CGAUUGAAUGCAGUCCCCUAAAAUGGCUGUUGCGGUAUAUUCAUAUUAAAUACGCUCCAAGUUUAUUUGUGAGAGAAACGGUGUUUUGUCUUCUAAUUUGAUUGUGAAUAUAGUGGAUAUAAUGAUAAAUGCGCCCAUUUACUAUUCGCUGAUAAUCUAACCUAGCGUAUAAAUUUAACUGGUGACGUGUAAUGCAUAUUGAAAUAGCGUAAAUACACUUGUAACCUGUGAUAAUCAACCGUGAUGAUUGUUCCAUACAAUAAUUUAAAAACAUAAUAACAUAAACACGGGAAUAAUGGGUGAUUCUGAUGACGAUGAUAGAGACUAUGAGACCGGGAUAAAUAUGACGGGUUUCCUGUUUGGUAAUAUCGAUGAAAAUGGUCAGUUGGAGGAUGACAUUCUGGACAAUGAUGCCAAGCAGCAUUUGGCAUCUCUUGAUCGUCUGGGUCUGGGUUCAUUCUUAAAUGAAAUGAUCUCUCACGACUCAAAUGGUGAAAAGUCAGAGAAGAAGGACAAAUCAAAUAUUAAACUCGAGAAUGGGAGUGACAACGAUGACAUUGAUUAUCAAAACAAAUCGCCAACAGCUGAGGAUUUUUCAGAGAUAAAUGAACUGGCGGAUGACAUAAUCGAGGAGAAUGUUGGAAUAAAUGGUACGGUAAAAACAGAGAAAGAUUCCAUUGAUUACGAUGCAGACGAUGAGGAGCAUGUAAAUAAAUCGGAUAAACAACUGAUGCCACCACCUCCAGUACCGGAAGAAAAAGAUUCCUUAACCCCUGAAGAAGCAGAGGUUGCCCGACAGAGGAGGCUAGAAACACCUCUAGCUUCAAUGUUACCCUCGAAAUACGCCAACAUCGACGUAACAGAAAUUUUUCCCGAUUUUCGGCCGAACAAAGUCCUGAGAUUCUCACGGCUAUUUGGCCCAGGUAAACCCAGUAGCCUCCCACAAAUAUGGCGAGGAGUUAGGAGAAGAAGAAAGAAAAAAAGGCAUCAUGAUACACGUGACUCAGACUCUGGUUCAGACCAGGAUGAUAGGAGACUCAAGUUCAAAGGUUGGAAGAUGAAUUAUGGUCAAGAGUCUCUAUCCGAGUGUAUUGCCUCUGACGAUGAGGCCAAACUGUUGAUGCCAAUGGAGGAUAAAGAACAAGGAAGAAAGGCUGGUGAGUCUGGGGAAAAUGGGGAUAUGGAGCCGAAAGUUGCUGACUGGCGUUUUGGACCUGCACAAAUAUGGUACGAUAUGUUGGAGGUACCCGAAACUGGUGAUGGGUUCAAUUAUGGAUUUAAAGUGGGUGAAAAGAAGGAUUCGCCAACUAAUGGAACAGACAAACUACAAGAUGAAGACGAAACAUUUGCAGACGAUGCUUUUUUAAUGGUUUCCCAAUUACACUGGGAGGAUGACGUUAUCUGGAAUGGUGAUGAGAUUAAACAUAAGGUAAUGCAGAAGCUGAACAGCAAGAAUAAUUUAGCUGGAUGGGUGCCAUCCAGUGGCAAUAGAACUGCCCAGGCAUUCAGUCAACCAGGAAAAGGCACACCAGUUCCAGUGGCCUCGAAUGUACGCCUAGCAACAUCACAAAUUUCAACGCCUCUUCAUAUGCAAUCCCACAAGAAUAAAGCUCAGGGGAAAAGUAACCAUCAACAGCAGAGGGAGGACAAUUACGAUGACACUUGGUACUCAAUAUUUCCAGUUGAAAAUGAAGAACUUGUUUAUGGAUUGUGGGAGGAGGAGGUCAUUUGGGAUGCUGAAAACAUGAAGAAAAUACCAAAACCAAAGAUACUCACCCUAGAUCCCAACGACGAAAACAUUGUUUUAGGAAUCCCAGACGACAUUGAUCCUGCUUUACUUCACAAAGAAAAUGGACCAACGCCAAAGGUAAAAAUACCUCAUCCUCACGUGAAAAAGAGUAAACUACUCCUCGGAAAAGCUGGAGUAAUUAACGUCCUUGAAGAAGACGCACCUCCACCUCCACCUAAAUCACCAGAUCGUGAUCCUUUUAACAUCUCCAAUGAUACUUACUACAUGCCACGAUCCUCUGAAACAACUUUGAGACUAAAAGUUGGUGGUGGAAAUCUUAUUCAACACAGCACACCUGUUGUAGAGCUCAGAGUUCCAUUUGUUCAGACCCACAUGGGGGCCAUGCGUUUGAGAAACUUCCACAGACCCCCCAUACGGCGGUUCAGUCACGGUCCUUUAGCUCAUCCUGGUCCCCAUGGUGUCCUUCCUCUAUUAAAGCAUAUAAAAAAGAAAGCCAAACAAAGAGAACAAGAGAGAAUAGCUUCAGGGGGUGGCGAUGUCUUUUUUAUGAGAACCCCUGAGGAUUUGACUGGAAAAGAUGGUGAACUUGUUCUGGUUGAAUUUUCUGAAGAGCAUCCCCCAUUGAUGAAUCAAGUUGGCAUGUGUUCCAAAGUGAAGAAUUAUUACAAACGGAAAGCCGGCAAAGAUCAAGGACCUCAAAAGUACAAAUACGGAGAGACAGCGUAUGCUCACACGAGUCCAUUUCUUGGUAUUCUCACUCCAGGCCAGAGUAUUCAGGCAAUCGAAAAUAACAUGUACAGAGCUCCAAUUUACGAGCACAACAUUCCUCAGACAGAUUUCCUGGUGAUUCGAACUCGGCAACAGUACUUCAUCAGAGAAAUCGAUGCGUUAUUCGUUGCAGGUCAAGAGUGUCCACUUUACGAAGUUCCUGGGCCCAAUUCAAAGCGAGCUAAUAAUUUCGUGAGAGAUUUCCUUCAAGUUUUCAUCUACAGACUAUUCUGGAAGUCUCAAGACACCCCAAGGAGAAUAAAAAUGGAUGACAUAAAGAAGGCAUUUCCCUCCCACAGUGAAAGCAGCAUAAGAAAACGUCUUAAAUUAUGUGCAGAUUUUAAGAGAACUGGAAUGGAUUCCAACUGGUGGGUGAUAAAGCCAGACUUUCGUCUCCCUAGUGAAGAGGAAAUUCGUGCGAUGGUUUCGCCAGAACAGUGUUGUGCAUAUUUUAGCAUGGUUGCUGCUGAGCAACGUUUGAAAGAUGCUGGUUACGGUGAAAAAUUCCUCUUCACUCCACAAGACGACGAUGAUGAAGAAAUGCAGCUGAAAAUGGAUGAUGAGGUUAAAGUAGCUCCUUGGAACACAACACGUGCAUACAUUCAAGCAAUGAAGGGAAAAUGUUUAUUGCAAUUGGCGGGUCCUGCAGAUCCGACUGGAUGCGGAGAAGGAUUCUCCUACGUCAGAGUGCCCAAUAAACCAACAAUCAGUAAAGAAGAACAAGAAGCUCAGCCGAAGAGAACAGUUACUGGUACUGAUGCCGAUUUGAGAAGAUUAUCCCUGAACAAUGCAAAAGCACUUCUUCGAAAAUUUGGAGUGCCUGAAGAAGAAAUUAAAAAAUUGUCACGUUGGGAAGUAAUCGAUGUUGUUCGAACUCUCUCAACUGAGAAGGCUAAAGCUGGUGAAGAAGGAAUGACUAAGUUCUCGAGAGGAAAUAGGUUUUCCAUCGCAGAGCAUCAAGAAAGAUACAAAGAAGAAUGUCAAAGAAUCUUCGACCUUCAGAAUCGAGUGCUCUCGUCUGCUGAAGUGCUAAGUACUGACGAGGGUGAGAGUUCAGACGAAGACAGUUCAGACAUCGAAGAAAUGGGUAAAAAUAUCGAGAAUAUGUUAUCGAACAAAAAAACAAGCUCGCAGCUUUCAUUAGAGAGAGAAGAACAACAGAGACAGGAGUUGAGGAAAAUGUUGAUGGGUGAGACCCAAGAACAAGAGGGCAAAAAACCAAAAGACAAGAAGAAGGAUGACGAAGAGGAUAGCAGGGAGCAGGGCCAGGGAUUCAAUACUCAAUCAGGUCGAGUCUUGAAAAUUUACCGUACAUUCCGAGAUCCUGAUGGAAAGGAAUACACUCGGGCUGAGAUAGUCCGAAAGCCCGCAGUCAUUGACACAUACAUAAAAAUAAGAAAUUCCAAGGACGAAACCUUUAUCAAACAGUUCGCAACACUUGACGAACAGCAGAAAGAAGAGAUGAAGAGGGAAAAAAGGAGACUCCAAGAGCAACUGAGGCGAAUCAAGAGGAAUCAGGAACGUGAAAAAUCGCACGGAUGUGGCACGUCUUCCAACAGUUUCCCUCCCACUUCCAGCAUGCUCGAUCGUAGCAAUACCAAUACCCCAACUACCACAUCAACCAGUAUCCUUCCAUUCAAUAACUUUCCAUCCACUUCUUUAGCUUCUAAACAUCCCAAAUCUGAGACUACUCCAUCCAAACGUAAAAAGCCUAAACUAAAACCAGAUUUAAAGUUAAAAUGUGGUGCUUGCGGCAAUGUUGGUCACAUGAGGACUAACAAGGCCUGCCCACUUUAUCAGAAUAGCUUGACAACUGCUCCUGUCAAUGUGGCUAUGACUGAGGAGCAGGAGGAAGAGAUUGAGAAGCAGCUCAACGCUGAUGAUCAGGAUCUCGUUAAUGUUGAGGGUACCAAGGUUAAAUUAUCAUCGAAACUCAUCAAACAUGCCGAAGAGAUGAAGAGACGAACACUCCUCCUGAAAGUCCCUAAAGAAGCGGUCAGUGCUAAGAAGCGGCGAAGAGCAACAGGAGAUGAUCACUGCGACUAUCUGAAGAAGCAUCAGCGACCCGCGAACCGACGCAGAACGGAUCCUGUGGUUGUCAUGUCAACCAUUCUGGAGAGCAUUCUUAAUGAAAUGCGUGAUCUCCCUGACGUUCAACCCUUUUUAUUUCCAGUCAGUGCUAAAGCGGUUCCAGAUUACUAUAAAAUUAUCCAACGUCCCAUGGACCUGCAAACCAUUAGAGAAAAUCUUCGACAGAAGAAAUAUCAGAGCAGAGAGGAGUUUCUGGCUGACGUCAAUCAAAUCGUUGAGAAUUCCAAUUUAUACAAUGGGUCAAAGAGCUCUCUGACCGUUGCUGCGAAGAGAAUGCUCGAUACGUGUGUAGAAAGACUUGGAGAAAAGGAAGAUAGACUGAUGAGACUAGAAAAAGCGAUAAAUCCUCUCCUUGAUGACAACGACCAAGUGGCGCUUACAUUUAUUCUCGACAAUGUUGUCAAUAGUAAACUCAAAACUAUGGCUGAAGCUUGGCCCUUCCUCAGACCAGUAAACAAGAAGCUGGUCAAAGAUUAUUAUAAUGUAAUCAAAAGACCGAUGGACCUCGAAACAAUUUCUAAAAAAGUAUCUGCACAUAAAUACCACAGUCGUCAAGAAUUCGUGCAGGAUGUUGAACAAAUUCUGGAAAAUUGUGUUCAAUACAAUGGAAAGGAUUCAACGUUCACGAGAAAAGCAGAAGUAUUAGUGAAAAUUUGCAAAGAAACAUUAGAUGACUACGAUGACCACCUCACUCAACUCGAAAAUAAUAUUUCUCUAGUUCAACAACGUGCAAUGGAGCAAGCAGACAUGGACUCCUCCUGGCUGGGCCCUGAAGAGGAGAACUAUACGAUUGUUGAACCAGAAUAUCGAAGUAGCCAGACGAAUUCCCCAGACAAUCCAUUCGGCAAGUCCAGUAUAGAUGACUUCGACUUUGUUGACGUUGAAGGUGACAUUGAGGCUGAACUCAAUGCGAGAACUGCUCAUGCGAAAAAGAAAGAUGUUCUCGAGGAAGAUUUACAAUUCUCUAGUGAAGAUGAAUUUGACGAAGUUCCAUUCACUGCUGACGAGCAGGGAGAGUCUGGAGAUUUGGAAGCACUAGAGCUCGGUGGGAUGAGAGACUGUGGAGAGGUGGCUGCUGAUGAUGACAGUCAACAAGCUGCUGAAGCAAUGGUGCAAUUGGGAAAUGUUGGCUUUUAUGUUGGGGAACAGCAAUUGAUUCAGCAAGAAGAAAGUAUGGAUGUCGAUCCUAAUUACGAUCCUUCAGAUUUUCUGCUGGCUGGUUUACCUCCAAGGGCAGAAAAGGUCAGCACUGACAAAAUUCGCGAUGACUUGGCGGUGUCUGAGAGUGAUGAGGAGCAUGAAAACGUUACUGGGCAGAUCAAACAGGAGAUUCAACCGCCGAGUCAACCUGACGAGGAAGUGGCUGGUGAUCUCUGGUUUUAAAAAUGAGUUGACAUUCGAAGCUUGUGCACUACUAAUCUUUUUUUCGCAUUGCUUCUAACAAUUUUUCAUCUGGAAAUUGAUAAUGCAUAAUUCCUAUAUUUGGGAAUACUUUUUUUCCAUUUUUAUCAUAGCCAAUGAUUUUAGACACUUCUUUUAAACAAGGAAGGAGAACUCCCUAGAUACAAAAUCAUGAUUAUUGUUUGAAAACGUACAAAGUAGAAGAUUUGCAAUUGUAUAAUUAAUUCAAUCAAAUGCAUUGUAAUUAAUAUGUAGGAUUAAAUGAUAAAUUAUUUGUUUUCUUCUCAAAGCAUAUCAUCAACUUUUAUUAUAAUCCUCCUCUGUUUGUAGACGAAAGCAUUUCCAAAGUCCAAAACGCACUUCCCAGUCGACGAAAAAUAGUUCAGGUUUAUCCCAGAGAACAUGAUGUAUUGCUAAGUCGUAAUGUGUUGCUAAGGGCGGAUUUAAAUGCGGGGCCCAUUGGGCUCGUUCCAUCAAAACUUUGUUGACAUACGCAUAAAACACUUUUGCUUUGUGAAUCCAACAGAUCAAUGUCAUUAUUGCCAAUAUCAUUGCAUGAACAUGAUAAGUCACGGAAUGAGUAGCAUCCAAGUGCUCUAGAGUUAAAUCCUGAAUGUUCAUUAAGAGACAAGACAAAGCUGCCGCAGUGAAUCCACAAGGAACCUCUACCGCUAUCAAACAAAUUGUACAGUAAAUGGCUUCAAGGUUUAUUCUUGAUGUACAGUGAUUCAUUACACAUUGCAGAAAACUUUCAUGAAUGAGGUCUCGGUGCUCUUUAAAAAAAUCUUGGUCAUUUCGUCUGUCUUUAUUUAUUUCUAUAUCGUAAUCCGUAUUCUCGAAGAACAAUUUCAAUGCCUGAAAUUGCAAUUUAUUGCGCUUUCUGUCAAUGAGAUUUUGGAGCACUCGGUUUCCUACGAGACUCACUGAUGAAUUCGGUGAAGAUAUCAUUUUUAAGAGGAGAAUCAAUAAUUCUUUUGCUAGAGUAUUCUCGAAUAUAUCCAAUUCGUAAGACUGAGCAGCGAAUUCUAAAAUAUUUGCAAGUUCUAAAAUUAUUGCAUCAUCAUGCGAUUGCUUUUCCAAGGCCCAUAAGCUUAUUUCUGAGAGGAUUGAGAUUAGAUGCCAAUCGGAAAGAUGUUUGAUAGCAUUCAGUAAACAAAUUUCAAAACUGUUUUUGAGUAUUAGUUGCUUUUCGUCAAAACAAUGGUUGAGACUAUUGUGGUAUAGUGUUAAUAAUCUUUUAAUGGCAGUUUCAGUAUCUUGAUCAUUAACCCACGAAUGGUCUUCCAGGAUUGUAUACAAGAUGCGCAUAAUUUUGCGGAUGUCUUUCAAAGAUGUUCUUUUGCAUUGUGUUUUAUUAAAUAAACCAUCGAUAAUUUUAUUUUGAUUGAUUCCACAAUUGAGAAGACCCUGAAUAAUAUAUUGACAAAGAUCUUCCCAUUUCCAAAGUUUCUCUUGGUGAACUAUUUUGAUCACGACUUUUAUAACAUUAUCAGUGUAGAUAGGUAAAUAUAUCUUUAAUAUACGAAAAUAAAAAGCUGUCACAGUU